UUGCCAGAGGCCGGCAAGGAGACGAGAAGCAGAAAUAAACUACAGAAAGUUUAUAUUUAUAGUGAUGCUUACAAAUUUGUGUUCGUGUAUUUAGUUUAGAUGAUCAGUAUUGUCGAUACGGCUGGCUUGAAUUAGGUUAGUUUAUGUUUUGAGCGGAAAGGGACGUUGUAGCAGUUGAACGGAGCGACACGCGUUGCUUGAGGAGGAUCCUGAUGCACUUCUUUCGGUAGUGAUCAUCUAUUCUUGCCAGCUUUUCCCAAUGGACUGAUUCGACAAUAAACACCAAGCAUAUCGUCGGCGGUUUUCAGUUUAUCGGACGGACUUGUUGGUCUAACAAGGACGACAACGACUUAAACGAACGACUUAUCUAGUCUAUCCGAAAGGGUAGCUAAGAUUAAGUUAACUAUUUCGGGCUUAGCAAAUUCUCUUUCUACGACGGUCAGUAAGUGGAUUACUCAGUAGUUUGAUUCGUUAAGUGGUCCACGCGCAUUCAAUCGAGCAACGUACGAUCGCGCGCGUCGAAUCGCUGGACAUCGUCGUCGGUCGGAGCGUUCCUCAGCGUGAUAAUCUGAAAAGCUGUGACCUGCCGUAUGUGUGUGUGUCUUAGCAAAACUUACAAGUUGCACUUACGUGCGAGUACACUUUCGCGUGCACAUCCGUUGUACCGAAGCCAUAAUCGGAUACGCUCGUGUUCUUCACUUUAGUCAUCACCGAAAUACGGUGUCUGUCUCCUACAAAUCAGCUACGGGAGAAAAAUCAUCCUGACGACGCGAUAUCAAAUCGAGAACGCAACACGGUAGCAGAGCCGUCUGGAGCCGAACAGAAUCGAACAGCAAGAAGCCACCACCCGGCGACCGUCCAGCGGUAGCUGUUUAGAUCGUUCAAGAGAUGAGCGUUGGUGGCCCUUCAACCCCAUCGGGUUCCUCACCCACUGCCAGCCAGGGUGGGUCGAUCACACUCGCGCACCACGUAGCCAUCGGAGCGAUCAAAGCAUUUAACUAUGCCUACGAUGUGCUUACGCUACCAUUGUACACCAUCGCCCAACAGCCCUGGCGGAAGUGGUACAACAGAACUCUGGUCUAUUCAGAACUUCGUGGACCAGAUUCAUCAGGCCCGUAUGUGCGCCGCGUGCUUCGGAAUGGAGACAUUUUCAACGGAGCAAAGACCGUAGACAAGAUUACCCGAAAUGCUAUCGCAGCCUAUCCCGACAAGCCAUGUUUCGGUGCCAGAGAGGUAUUUGGAGAAGAGAUGGAGCAGCAGGCGGAUGGCAAAUCAUUCAGGAAACUUAUUCUGGGCGAUUAUAAAUGGAUUUCAUACCGGGAAGUAGACAAACAGUUGGACCUAAUCGGGAAAGCAUUGAUGUCGCUCGGGGUUCGCCCUCGUCAGAACGUCGUUAUCUUAGCUGAGACACGAAUGGAGUGGAUGCUCACGGCGCAGGCCUGCCUGCGGCUGAAUAUCCCGGUUGUGACACUUUUUGCGACGCUCGGUGAGGACGGAAUCAUUCACGGAGUGAAUGAGACAGAAGCGACGCAUCUUGUCACCUCUCUCGAUCUUCUACCGAAGGUUGUCAAAAUACUCCCUCAAAUGUCCUCGUUGACGCACGUCAUCUACAUGGAGAACCCGAUCAUGAAAACAAAGCCCUCCAGUCCGCCCGGCAUCAACUUGAUACCGUUCUCACAACUCGAGGUUAUUGGAGCUUCAGCUGAUAAAGAGCUGCAAGGAGAAGUUCCAGGACCUGACGACACCGCCAUUAUUAUGUACACGUCCGGUUCGACAGGUGUUCCAAAGGGCGUCAUGAUCGCACAAUCGAACAUUGUGGCCACAGCUCGCGGGUUCGCAACCAUCGUUCCUGAAACGCUCGAUGACAAUGACGCAUACAUAGCUUAUCUUCCACUGGCCCACGUACUUGAGCUGGCUGCAGAGCAUUUGUCACUUGCAUUGGGUUGUAAGAUCGGCUAUUCAUCACCGUUGACACUUACGGACAAAUCCACCGGAAUUAAGAGCGGACAGAAGGGCGAUGCGGCCUUGCUUCGGCCUACCAUUAUGGUAUCAGUCCCGCUUGUCCUUGACCGAGUGCGAAAGGCCAUCACGGAGGUCGCUGAUUCGAAGGGUCCUUUCUCCAAGAUGUUCUUCCGCCAUGUUGUGGCUUAUAAGAACUUUUGGGUAAGGCUGGGCUAUCGAACGCCGCUUAUAGACAGGCUCGUUUUUAACAAAGUAGCGGCACUACUUGGUGGCCGCAUGCGUGUUAUUGCCACCGGAUCGGCUCCCUUAUCUGGAGAUACCCACGAUUUCGUGCGAAAUGCGCUUGACUGCGCAGUCGUGCAGGGUUACGGGUUAACUGAAACAGCAGCCGGGGCUGCCAUUAUGGAGGUCUGCGAUCAGUCUUGCGGCAAAGUUGGCGCACCGCUGGUCGGUGUAGCCGUUAAACUGGCCGACUGGGAUGAAGCGGGCUACCACGCACUGGACAACCCUCCACGCGGCGAGAUCGUCGUCGGGGGAGACACUGUCGCUAAAGGGUACUACAAGAACGACGCUCUUACUCGUGAAGUAUUCUUUGAGGAAAACGGAAUCCGCUGGUUCUAUACGGGUGAUAUUGGCGAAAUGUGCUCAGAUGGUUCAAUUAAGAUUAUCGACCGUAAGAAGGAUCUCGUCAAACUGCAGUAUGGCGAGUACGUCUCGCUUGGUAAGAUCGAAACCGAGUUAAAAACCUGCCCAAUUGUGGACAACAUCUGUGUUUAUGGCAGCUCCUUCCAUACGUAUCUCGUGGCGCUAGUCGUCCCAAAUCGUAAAGUACUAUUACAGCUGGCCGAACAAUUGGGCAAAAAUAGCGAAGAUUCGCAAGAGAAUUUCACAGCUAUGUGUGAAGAUGUUGAAAUGGUACGAGAGGCGACGGCAUUGAUUAUAGAGCACGCACGUGAGGCACAGCUAAUUAAAAUGGAAAUUCCUACGAAGGUAAAGCUGUGCCAUGAGGACUGGCUGCCGCAGAACGGACUCGUGACCGCGGCGUUCAAGAUCCGCCGGAAGCAGAUUCAGGAUUUCUACCAGGAGGCCAUCGACUCGCUCUACUCCAAGAGGCACGCCAACUCAAAGUCCACUUAGAUGUACUAGCGAGCCUUAGCAGGCCCCAUGUUAAAUCCCAUUUAGGGAAAAACAGGUAGAAAAGAUGCAGGAGCGCAUAAUUGAAUCAGAAAGCUAAGAAGUAGAAGAAAAAAUAGCUUCACAAUAAUAUAAACGAGCAUACUGAGGACAGUCACCUCCCUGUAACUGAGCGAUACAACAACCGCAGCAGCCACAGCAGAAUCAUCUGCAAUGGUUUUUGUAAAGGCGUUUGCAGCAAAAAACCUGUGUGUGGCACGCCCUGAAUUUAACACAUGCUCUACCGUCAGAAUGUUUCCUUCAGCAGUAUAAGUGAAAACAAAGAAAAACAAACUAAGAAAAAAAUUAAACAAGAUGAGGGCGGGAGGUGCCGGCCUGAAAGCCACGCACACGUAUUCACAAAAACACGCAGCAACAGUGACACACAUACACACUCACUCCCUAACAAGAGAACUCUGUUGCUAAGAGGAAAGGCGAAUUCAUUUAAGACCGUUGACGAACACCUUUCCUCAACUUACGUCUGUUCAUUCGUAAUAUGAUUAUGUAUUCGGGAAGGUUAUCGGCGGAUUCAACUGGGAACACGGAGUAUAUAUUCUACCAAAAAGAGGGGGCCAUACACAUUGGAACGGGGGUUAAUCGCCAUGGAUUUGCUGAGAGCCAGGCUGAAAGGGCAGGGUUGAAAAAACAAGACAAGCAAUGGAGAACUUUGUUCGAUUACUGUGUGGAGCCAUUUAUAAGAGAUCAGGUAUUGGACGUUUGGCCGCGGUCGCUGCUAUUUUCUCACGCUACCGCACUCAAUUUUACACCGUUUAUUGUUCGCCAGUAUAGGAACUUCAGGACAAUUAUUGAUAAUGACUGCACUGCUUAGCGUUACGCUUGCGUUAUUAUAAUAAGGCAAUAUCAUAACUUAUUGCGCUUUUUUUGAAACUGCGCAAAUGAAUCGAGCCGCAACAUAGAAUUAUUAGCGUAGCAAUCAAUUCGUAUUAGAGGCCAUUGCGGCUGAAAUAUGUCAUGCGAAUAUUACAUUAUUAUAGUACAUAUCAGUCGGUUUGUUUAGAGGAACAACAAAGUUUUCUUGUUUGUUAUUACUAAUAGCUGCAAAGCCGAACGCGGUACCGUGCAUAGGCAUUUACACAGUCAUUGCUACUCUAACAACUACAAUGAGUCUUUUGAAUACACUGUUCAUGUUGGGUCCAGCUUUGUACAUUAUGUUUUAAUAUAUAUUUUUGUAUCUACCAUAUACAAUUCCGUUGAAUCUGCUUCAAUUAUCAAUGGAUUAUUAACGAAUGAUUACCAUUAAUGGGUACAGUUAAUUUAUUAAUUUUUAGGGUUAAUUGUAUAGGGAUGCAUGUACGAUUUACGAUUUACGAAGAUUUCUAAGAAGAAAGCUAAAAGGGUAGUUAGAAAUAGAUUGGGGAAAACGCCGCGCUGGUAGCGAGUGAAUGGGAUGGGUGGAGGAACGCGGGAAAUAUAAAUAAAUGUCGGAAUCGCAUAAGAUUAUGUAACCAAUCGGUUAAAGAAAUGGCGAAUGAAAAUAAAGAUGGAAUAAACGGUUUUAAGCGAUAAUGAUUGAUACAAAAGAAGAAUGAUGAAAUGAUAAUGGUAACAACAACAAUGUUAAUAAGAUAUUAUACCUAAUCGUAAUAAAUAAUAGUCAUAGUGGAACGUUUAGCUAACAAACGCCUAGGUGUUAUGUGGUUGAUUUAUAUCUAUGUUAACGCAAAUAAUGAAAAAAGUGAAAGACGUGUUCGUAUAUACAGGAUAUAUAUACGACCUAGUAUAUUUACACAGCAAAGCGACUGGCUCUUAAAUGAAAUUUAAUCAUCAUUAUCCUUAACAAUAGCUAUAAAUGUAUUAAUUAUAUUCUAAUUACUACCCUUAUGCUUAUUGUUUUUUCAGGAAUUUAGAUAAAAUGUACUAUGAUAUUAAUAGUAUUAUUAACAUCGAAGUGACUGCGGCAGACAGCCAGUAUAUCACAUCUAUAUACACGUACACACCUUUGUGGGUCGCCUCCGGGAUAUACAUACAUAGAAAAAGAAAACAUUGGCAACAAAAGUUUACUGGGUGAGCAAAAGCGGAAGCUAUGAAAGGCGACUGAAUCGAUGCGCCGGACAGACACAUGUGUGAUGAUUAGGUGAUCUUAAGGCGGGCUAACUGAUCACUAGGCAUAACUGCAGCAGUUUGAUCGGAUGAACACGAUAUAACAGAGGGGAAAAAAAUGUUGCCUGACCAGGAAAUAAAUGUAGCGCGGGAAGAUAUACACUGUCCGACCAUCUGAGAAGCUGGAUUUGCUUAACGGGGGCUUGCGGUUUUUUUAGAGGAUUUUUGGAGUUUCCGGCAAUUGUAGACCACUCCUGAGAACGUAACCAGAUCAUAAAAGAAGUAGGAGGUACAGAAUGGUUGAUGAUGACGCUUUGACACAAAUUAAAGAUAAGCAAGGAAGGCGGCCAUAUAGGAUAACAUAAAGAGAAAUAUAGAACGAUUUCACGGAAGUUGUUGAUGAGGAGCGGGAACGGGUAACGUUAAAAAAUCAUAUUCCCUUCCUCGAGUCAGUUGUACAUAGGUAGACACGAAAAGAAAGAAUAUUUUGAGGGUCAAUAAGUAAGCUGGAAGAUGAGCCGUCUAUCUAAGCUAAAAAUAAGCUUGAGGUCGGAGAUGGCGCAGAACUCAUGUAAAACUUAACUGCAAACAACUGCAGUUAACUUUUCAAGGUUUUCAAAUUUACCAUGCGUAUAUGACAUGGACCACGAACUAAAUAAUACAUAAAGUAAAUAUACAUUAAUAAGGAAAUAAAAGAGAAACUAGGCGCAGUUCUACCGAGUGAAAUGUGGGGUAAAGAGAGCAGGGACAAAGAGGA